AUGCAUUGUGACCAUCACAUUUUUGGAUUAUUUGCAACUCAUUGGCAUGAGCUCACCAAGAAGCACAAAAAACCUGGGGCUUUAAACAAAACCGCAGAUCUGGAUACAAUAAAAGAAGGCGGAGAAAGCGAAGGAUUCGACUCAAUACUUUGGAGCAAAUGUUUCAAGAUUUGUGAAAAGACACAUGGCGAGUCGCUUCCUUGUUUUAGUAUGGCUGACUUCAAUACUUUCUUGACCAGUCAUACACAAAACUUUGUCGAAAAAGACUGUGGUGCUUUGAAACUAUACAAUGAUCUUUUUGGUAAGCAAAAUUUGAAGGACAUUCUAUUUAAGAAAAAUGAAGAAAGUUCAACCGUGGGAAAAAGGUUUGUUAUCAAACUGGAUCUGCUGAUCUCCGGAUCAUCUGAACUAGGAGCAUUCCUUGAUGAAGCUUUCAUUAUUAGAGCGAGUCAUAGAGUUGCACUAUUCUUAGAAGAAGAAUUCCAGAACCCAUUAAACCCAGUGUUUUGUAUAACCUUUAGGAAGCGAGAAGCCUACAAUGCCAUCAAAUAUUAUAUCAAUGAUGUGAAUUAUUCUUGUUUGUCGAUUCCCACACUUCUUCGCAAAAUAAAGACAACAUUGGAAAUUGUGGAGGAGUUGAAAGCACAAAUUCAUACCGAAGGUUCGUCGAUAGUCAUCCAAGAUCUUAGAGACGAGGUUUCUGAAGCAGUUAAAAAUUCGCAGAAUAUUCAAAGGAGCGUUACUCAAGUCAUUCAUGCUAUUGACUCUGGGUCAGACCUUCUUAGAACCUUGUCAGCCUGGGCAAACUAUGAAUGUUCUUUGACAGAAGUAUAUGAAUCCUUGAAGGCAAGACACGACAUGUUUAUGGCAACUGUGCCUUUUGACAGAAUACAAAAGAUAAAGUAUUUGUGUGAUUACUUGACGACGGCUUCUAAGAAAAUUUUUGAGACAGUCAAAGAAAUCGAAGAAAAUCUGUCAGACUCCAUCAGUUUGUCUCUGUCUUUGGAUACACAUUCAUUUGCAGCGAACUCGAAAGAAAAGUUUUUAGUGGUCGAUCACUCGAAUGGAAGCGAACGGUAA